AUGCAAAUCACCGUUAACAAAGGCUGCUGGCGACGCUGGGCGGACGUCAUCCGCCACCUUGCCCGAGAGUACGGAUUCCCGGCCAAGACGCGUUCAGAACUCGAACUCUUCUUGUCAAUGUACAGAGGAAAGGGAAGCACUUAUCGCACCUCUACGACCCAUUGGAGGUUCAUCAUCGAUGUCACCCGCGACGACAAGGCCAUUGUCAACAUCAUUGCGAUCACUAUCAUCGCCCGGCACAAACAGGACGAAAAUAACAAUGGCGCUGUCAUUACCCGCGCAUGCGACGUCCAUCCCGAUCCAGAGGGCGACGAGUACGUCGGAGCUCCACAUCUGAGAUGGAUCACGGUCAAGAGUGGUGGCGAGACUUACAGGCACUGUUGCGACAAGGAAUGCAGUGGCCCAGAGCAGCUCGUUGCCAAAACGCGUGCCAACUGGGAGACAACUCGGCUUCGAGUGAUUCAGAAGGCGUACGAACAGGAAGUCUUGGCAAGCUAUGCCUCCUUUCAGAUAUUACAGAUGGAGAAGCAGGAGCUCACCGAAACAUUGGAAGGCAAGGAUUCGGAUGGCAGCUUAUCCGAUCUCCAGAUGAAGGUUCAGCAACUGGAGACAGACCUCAUCGCCAAUAAGCAAGCCGCCAAAAAAUCCAAGGACAGUGCAAAGAAGAGGAAGAUGGAGCUAGCGGAGUCUGCUAAACAGGUCGAAUCUCUGCGCCAAGCUUUGGAAGCAGUCGAAGCAGAGAACAAAACGCUUGUGACUGUGAAGAACGAACUGGCUCUUGCGGUCGAUGCAAACCGUCGCACGAAGGAUGCCCUCCAGUCUGACAUCACGAACUUGCAGCACGCAAAUGCAACGCUCAAGGAGCAGAACGACGAGCUGGUUCGAACGAAGGAAACCCUACAGUCUGAGAUGAAGGACUUGCAUGAGAGCAAUGCCACGCUAAAGGAACAGAAUGCUGAGAUGGGAAGAACGGCGUUGAAUCUCCAGACCAAGGUCACGCGCUUGAGCUCUGAGAAACAGCAAGUCGGCGAAGAAGUCACCAAGUCGGAGAGGGAGAUGCGUACUCGAGAGGAGAGCUUGGCUGUGGCAAGGAAGGCCUUGACUCAGGCCAAAGAGGAACUCAAGGACACCAAGAAAGUGUUGCAAUCUGUCAGUGACGAGGCUGCAGCAAGCCGUGCUCACUCCUUUGCACAGCUUCGAACCCAGACUGCCAAUCUUGAGGAGAGCACGGCCGAACCGAGCGACAAUAAACCAACCAUGAAGUGGACACCCAGCCACGAAUACAUACGUGUAAAGAUCAUCCUCGUCAAAGCCCAAAAGGACUUAGCUGAAAGAAUUGACGCCCAUACCACGGAGAUCCGGCAGUUCAAGGAAGAGUUGAAGCAAAAGGAUGAGUUCAUCGGCCGCAUCCAGGAUGAAAUGGCAGAUCUUCAGCGGACUCAGGGGUCCAUGUCCUCUCAUCGCCAACCGGAGAUCAAACGCGAGCCUCAAGACGUCGACCUUAUGAACCUGGACACGGAGGCAAUGAAGUUUGAGUUGGAGACCGAGAAGACCAAGGCGAGCAUCCAGAUGGCGGAGACGGCCGCCGAAAAGGCCGAGGUGAAGGCGCUGGCGAAGAAAUGCGCCGAUAGAAUGAAGGCCGCAGAAGCGAAAGAAGCGUACACGGCAAACAUGGAAAAGCAGUUGGAGGAGAUGAGGGGCGCGAUGGAGGGCAUGCUGGGGCGCGUGUCGGUCUAUCAAGGCAAGAAGCGUCGCCGAACGGAGGGACCAGAUUUCCAGCUGAUAUUUCCUGGAGUCCUGAUUUGGACAAACCUGGGCAAUAGCCCCUUCACUUACAUGCAGACUCCUUCAGUACUCCCGUUCUAUGCCCAGAAGAGUGAAGUCACAUCAAGCUACCAGAAGUCGAACCGUAAAAGUCAUGAAUAUCUGGGCGAAGGAGCUGGUAAUUUCCUGUGCAACAUUCAACUCGGUAAACGUGGAUCCUACGAAACUGAUUUGGGCCUCGUUUCUGGCUAA